UUCGUGCGUAUCACACCCUGACUUUGGCCCUGCAUUUCAAUCCUUGGCAACCUCCCACAGCAUAGCACAUACAGCACACAAGACAACACCACCACAACUACCAGCAGAUAUCAGGCAGCCAAGCGACACGACAGCCAGCAACUCCAGUCACCUUCCCAGCCAGCGAAGCGACACAGCUGCCAAGCAGUCGAUACACAAUACGCACACACACAUACAGACAUCACCAUGGCUGACUUUGAAUCGGCCAAGGCCUUUCUGUUGCAGGCGAGCGACCACAGCGGCCUGUCUGUGUACGAGCACCUGUCCACGCUCAUCACACGCCUGCUCGACGAGCGCCCAAACAACGCGGCAGAUGUUGUCGAGCAGCUCUCCUUCCAGAUUAAGGCCGACAAGUUUGCUCCAGAGGACUCUCUCAAGGAUCAACCGGAGACGCCAGACAACGUGCUGACGGCCAAGGCGAGAUCGACGCUGCUGAAGCACGAGACAGAGAUUCCCGAAGAUGAGGCAGAGCCGGAGCAGGUGGUGCCAAACCUGCUUGACCUUGCGCGGUACUUUGCCGACGCUGACGUCGGCCUGGGGGAGCAAGAGAUGUUCCGCAUCUUCCUUGCACUGAAGCAGUUGGCAGAGCAGCAGCCGCUCAAGUCCGUCACAUUCUGGGGCAAGAUCUUUGGCACAGAGCAGGACUACAUCAUUGCAGAAGCCGAGUACCGCGAGGGCGAAGAGCCGCAGCCAGAGGAAGAGGAGCGACCGGAUGAGCAGCCGGAGACGCCUGACGAGGGCGAGGAGGACGAGGAGAACGGGGUGACCCCGCUGCCCAAGUCGACAUACAAGCCCCCACCCGACCUCCCCACAGAGGAGUACGGCGCCGGCACAAACAAGAAGGUGUACUUUGUGUGCAACGAACCCGGGCAGGAGUGGCACCUCCUCCCCAAUGUCAAGCCAAAGCACAUUUCCGUGUGCCGCCAAAUCCGCAAGCGCUUCACGGGCCGCCUGGACGCGCCAGUGGUUGCAUAUCCGCCGUUUGCCGGCACGGAGAUGGAACUGCUUCGCGCGCAGAUUGCCCGUAUCACCGCCGGCACACACGUCAGCCCUGUCGGGUACUUUACCUUUGACGAGGAGGAGGACGACGGCGACGACGAAGCUCGCGACAACUUCAUUGUGGACGAGGAGUUUGAGGGCAAGUCGCUUGCGGAGCUGCUGGAGGCAGACCUCUCGGGGUGGGUGCACCACGCGCCGUACAUUCUGCCGCAGGGUCGCAGCAAGUGGGUCAACCCGAACCUCAAGGGCGAAGAGGAUGAGCUUGAUGAGGAGGACGAAGAUGAAGACGAGGAGGAGGAGGAAGAGAUUGAGCCAGAGGCCGGCCCACCACUCCUCACCCCGCUCCAGAACGACGACGAUGUGGACGGGCUGCCUGCGUGGUCCACCCGCCUCUCCAGCACCGCGCAUCCGGCCUACGCGUGCGUGCGCGUGUCCUCAAACAGAUGGCCGGGCGCACACGCUUUUGCUGUCGACCGCAAGUUUGCCAACAUCUACAUUGGCGAUGGCCUCAAGUACCAGGCAGAGCCGUUCAGCCCGCAGCUGCCGCCGCCAGCGCAGGUUGAGUACAGCGGAGAGGAUGUUGCAGAGGCGGUUGACCCGACGCGGCAGGAGGAGGAGGAGUUUGAGGCGCAGAUGGCCGAGGAGGAGGAAGAUGACCUCGAUGACGAGGACGAGGACGAGGACGACUGAACCACCACUACCGCUGCCACGACGGGACGGGACACUGCAUCAUGUGGCAGCAAAAGGUACAUGGCUCGCGCGCAACAGCAGCAGCACGGGUGUUCUUUUACGUGUGUGCACUGCGUGGCUGUUUGUUUGCGCAGUGUUGGGUGUUUGUUCUUCGUGUUUGUGCGUCUGUGAACCCCACCCUUUGUGCACGUGUGUAUGCGAAUUGUUGUCGUCGAUGGUGUCAACACAUUAUGCUUUUCUUGUUUCUUCUUCCACUGCCCUGUGUACCUGCUGCACUGUGUCUGCCUUGCCCUGUGUAUGAGUGUGUGCUUGCCCCUGAUCAACCUCAAACAAGAAGAAAACCGCCC